GAGACAAACCGUCCACACUUAGCCUCCCCCAUUCUUACAGAAUAUAUGCACGCUUAGCUGAGCAUCCCCAGCUCAUAACAUUUUUAAAGUGUGAUCUGUAUAUAUUUUUUUUCCUUUUUGUGGAUUGCCAUUGGCUUCUCAACCAGCUACAGUAUGAAGUAUCUCGUGUACUCUGCAGCUCUACUUUCUGCUAUGUUAUCCCUCUGUGAAGCAGAGAGAUGCAAGCAGCUGGAUUCCUGUGUUGGCUGUACUGAAAGUGAGCCCAAUAUGAACACCUCCUCCUGUGCAUGGAUAACAUGUGGCUCCUCAGAAAACAGCACUUGUGGCUCUAUCAAGGAAGAGAUGUAUGAAUCAUGUACAGUGACAAAUAAUAGCAGCAUGUGUGCAGUCCCCGAGAGCAGGUCAGCUGAGCCCGAAGAAAUACUUCCUGAAGAUGCAAAUAAGUCCAAUGAAGUGUCCCCUCCAGUCUUUCACACAGGGAGCUUCAUCGGAGGGGGGGUUUUGGUGAUCCUGUUACAAACUGUUGGAUACUUUGUUCUGAAACAUCUCCGUGGUCCAGAAGGAGAAUACCAGACGAUGGAGGAAACUCCACAGUAGGACAUCCUGACAUCUCCAAUCAACUGAUCAUCCGAUCAUCUCAUCUCACACCUUCUCUCAAGGAAUUUGUUCAAAUGACAAAGACAUUAAAACAUGGACAUCACGUGAUUACCUCACAAGUUAACUGUGUUUAUUAUCAUAAGUAUAAUUUAUUUAAAACUCUUACAGCUCUGAGUAUACCUUUAUUUUCUAUUGCUUUCUGUUACUUUUGUUUUUUCAAGAAAUGUCCCUGGCCUGUACAUCCCUGUCUACAUACUUACUUCAAGUAUGCAGUUAAAGCAACCUUGUCUGUAAAAUAAAAAUAGUUGCUUAUUAAAAAAAAAAUUGUUAUAAAUACUUACCUCACCUGCUGUCCCCCACUGCAGAACACCAUUCCAAUACAGAAAAAUCCUCUGAAGUCUGCUCAGAAAUGUCCAGAUCUCCUGCUGCACUCACUGGUUCCUGCUGGUCACUACUGAGUCUUGUAUAAGCAUAAAGGUCAGCAGGAGUAACCACAGAACGUAGUGGGGACCAAAAGAGUGAAACGCAUACAAGUGUUGGUUUGUUGGUAUUGGGAGAGAUGUACUUACCG